GCUCCAGAACCAGAACCAGAACCCAAAACGCAGCAGCAAACAAACCACAUACGAAGACAAAGGUCUCAAGGGAAAGAGAAAAUGGCGGCCAUCUCCUCAACCUCCUACUUCUCCUCGCAGCCUCAGCUGCCUGCGUCCAGCGGCGCCAACCCUGCCUCUACCAGCGGCGGCAGCAACGGCCGGCAGCGGACGGGCAGCUGCGUCAUGCUCGAGGCGGCCUCUGGUGGUGGCGCGGUGGGGAGGAGGACCAGGAGCCUCACGGAGGAGGACCUGGAGGAGCUCAAGGGCUGCCUCGACCUCGGCUUCGGCUUCUCCUACCACCAGAUCCCGGGACUAUGCGGGACGCUCCCCGGCCUGGAGCUCUCCUACUCCAUGACGCGGAGGUUCCUUGACGAGCAGAGCGCGGUUGUCGGGCAGCCAGAGCCCGCCGCCGCCGCCGCCGCGGCGCCGCCCAUCCCGGACUGGAAGAUCUCCGGCCCUGGUGAUGAUCCAGACCAAGUGAAAGCUCGGCUCAAGUAUUGGGCGCAGACAGUGGCAUGCACAGUCAAGCUCUGCAGCUAGUAGUGGUCGCGGCAAGGGAGUCUGCCGAUCCAUCCCAUCACACGGGCACGAUACGAUGGGCCGAACUGAAGGUGGCCGAAGCUGAAGAAUCUACUCAUAUGGCUCUGAGACAUGUUGUGCGAACACUGAGGAGACGCUUCUGAAUUCCGAUGCGCGCUGUCGACAACAUAACAGAUCGGUGCUCUUCAAAAGCUUCAGGGAGGGAGACGACUUAUGAGACCACGGAAGAGUAAGAAAUUCUCGACGUGAUAUGUCGUCAGAGCUUUUCUGAAAGCAACUGAAGCUUGCCAUUUUCAUUCAUCACGGGGGUUCUAAGUAUGUAAUUCCAGAGACCUGCUAGUGAUUCUAAUCUUCCCUGUAAUGUUAAUGAUUACUAGGUGCUCCACUUGGAUUGUGCUACGUCGGGUUGAGCUUUAAAACCCAUCGGUAGAUUUGCUCAAGUAUGGCUUUGUUCUCAUACUCCUUUGAACUUUUAUUUGAUUUCAACCAGUAGACACUGUAUAGGACUUUGAUGAACAUAUUUGUUGAUUGUGUUGUACUGCACUGCAAAGGUGUGGAAACAGUUUAUUCUAUAACAAAUUUCUUUGUCCGGCUUAUCAACAAGCUGUGGAA